AACUGGGAAGCUCAAACUGAUGAGGGGAUGCAUUUUUGACGUGAUCUUUAAGGAGGUAGUAUUUGAACAGUGAAGCUAACAGUUCCAUACUCAUCGAAAAUGUAUCGAUGCUUGAUGGGAAUUAUGUUCCUGAUUUGGAAAGUGCAAUGUGUCCAACGUCAUCGACCAGCACCAUUGAGGUUACUGCAUAAGACAUCCUCACAGUCAUCAGUGAAAGGUAUUUUACAGAUUUAUUACAAUGGUGUCUGGGGAACAAUAUGCCUUGAUGGAUGGUCAUUUGCUAGUGCAACUAUAGCAUGUAAACAGCUUGGCUACCAGUUUGCAGUUAUGUCCAAGCACUUAGGACAAGGACCUGAUCCAAUUUGGCUUGUUAAUGUUAAAUGUAACGGCGAUGAACCGUCACUAGACCAAUGCCAUCACAAUCGAUUGGGCCGUCUUCAAUACUACUGCAGUCACAGUAAAGAUGUCGGCAUCGUGUGUAAUACUAAAACAGCGCCAUUGAGAUUGAUAAACAAAACAAAACCUGCUUCAUCAUUAGUGCAAGGUAUUUUACAGAUUUAUUACAAUGCUUCAUGGGGUACAAUAUGCGAUGGCGGAUGGUCCUGGACUGCUACAAACAUAGCUUGCAAACAGCUUGGAUACCAUAGUGCAGCGACAUUCAAGUACUUGGGAAAGGGACCUGAUCCAAUUUGGCUGGAUGGAUUGAAAUGCAAUGGCAAUGAAUCGUUACUAGAUCAGUGCCAGCACCGAGGAUGGGGUAUCCAUAACUGCACUCACAGACAGGACGUUGGCAUCAUCUGUAAUACAAGUAAGAGACUCUUAAUUCUCAUACUAGAUGUUCAGUAUUUUAAUGCGACUUCUAACAGAAAGGGUCAUUCAGAAUCGACGAAAGCGCACUUCAAAGGGUUAGUUAUUUUCUGGUGAAAGUGAAACACUUAUCAUCUGAAGUUUAAACUAAAUGCAAGACUCAACUUUUGCACUAAACUACAACAAAUAACUUUUAUGUGUGAACUUUUAACGCUUUACAUGCAUGCAAACGCUAAGAAAUGUAAAACAAAUCAAACGUUCAGAGGCUUACACUUACUAUUAUAGUAUGACGGAGUAUGAUUUCAACAAAAUUGUAAAUGUUUCGGCUUUCCUUUUAUUUUCAUGUCUUUAUUAA